ACUUUUGACGAUUCAGACUAUGCCAUUAGCUAUGGGAGACGUGGAGUUGGAGAAGAUAUUUUAAAUUCAAGUAGUUUUGAAAACCCGGUUAUUUGUUUAUUUUAUUUUCAGCUACAGUAAAAUAUUUAUAACUAUUUUUAUUUUUAAAAAAAUUUCCGGCCUUUUCUAUCUACAUAAUGUUUAAUGAUUUUGUAAAUUUUAAUUGAUUAAUUUUUGUAACAGCUUCUGAAGUAGGAACAAAUACUUUGUUAUAUAAUUUAUGUGAGUCAAGAGUGUUCACAUUACGAAUGGCCUACUAAUCAGCAAUGAGUUUUAAUGUUACAAUGUUCACCGUUGAAUGUCUUUUUUUUUUAGCAUUGGGAACCAAAACAAUUUUUCAAACUCCAUUUCCAGAUAACAAAAUAUUUGUAAAAUGAUGAUGAAACCGAAGGUCUGCCUAUGUGUACUUCUGAUAUCGAUAUGUUGUGUCCGAGUGUGCUCAUCAUUGGAUGGAUCGAUACCGUCCUACAGAGAAGCCCAGAUACGCCUGAAAGAGAAAGUCCUGUCCCACAGGGCGAUCAGAGCCAGGCUGAGUCCUAGAGACGACGGACACCUCAACGUCUCAAUUAUAUUUUAUCCCAUCCAGGUCAGUGAAUGCUUGAGCAUGACGUCAUCUGGUGAAACUGUUUUAAUCGACAUCAUUAUAAUAAUCAUGUAUCGACUUGUUUACUGCCAAGCUAAUUUGAUUUGUCUUAACGGUUGGGAUUCAACAGGGGUAAUAAGGGGAGAGACUGCAAUCAGGUGAGCACAAUGUAGAAUGAAUUAAACAGAGUAUGGUUAAACCUGAAAAAGGAAACGCAACAAAACAACGAACGUGUCGGCAGAAAGCCUACUUUGGGAUUUAACAAAAACUGGGUCCAGGGUCGUGCGGAGAGAGGGGCUAAGCUAAUUUGAUGCGUCAAUAUGGUUGGAAUCUAACAAUAAGUAGUUCCUAGGUCGUGUGAAGAGGAAAUGGGGGUAGGGCAAUUUUUUUUUUCCGGCGCCAACUUCGUAGAGCGCAGAAAUUGUUACGUUCUAAGCAAAUAUGUGAAUUAAUAUAUAUUGGGUGGAAAGGUUCUGCUGGUGACGGUCCCGGCUUAUUCACAGAUACAGACAACCAAUAGGAUGUCUUUUAUCAUUCGAAAAUUAGUCGACUCCUAUGGGUAUCGUGUAUGUAAUCGUUCAUUGAUCGCUAGGUCAUAUUGUAUGGUAUCGUUCAUUGAAAAAUACGACAGUUACUUUGGUAUCGACGGAAAGGUUACAUCAAAACAAAAUUGAACGUUUUUUUUUUUUUAUGUAACAGAUCACGUGGAUCACUGGUGGUUUAUAAGGUGGGCAAAUUUUGCUUGUUCAUUUAUAUUUUUUUAUUAUUUUUAAAUCUAUAACUUGCAAUUUUUUUUAAAAUUUUUGCCCAGAUUGUACGCAUUGACGAAGUGGAGCAAUCCAUGUCAAGUAUAAACUACUUGGAGCUGGCGUGGUUAGACGAGGAUCUGGCGUGGAACAGAAGCAGAUAUGACGACAUCUCAUUGAUAGCACUAGACUAUGACGAGUGAGGGAGUUAAUACAAUGGCAUGGCAUCGCAUGUGUAGCACUAGAAUUGGAGGGUAUAACAUGUGUAGCACUAGAAUUGGAGGGUAUAACAUGUGUAGCACUAGAAUUGGAGGCUAUAAUAUGUGUAGCACUAGAAUAGGAGGGUAUAACAUGCGUAGCACUAGAAUAGGAGGGUAUAACAUGUGUAGCACUAGAAUUGGAGGGUAUAACAUGUGUAGCACUAGAAUAGGAGGGUAUAACAUGCGUAGCACUAGAAUUGGAGGGUAUAACAUGUGUAGCACUAGAAUAGGAGGGUAUAACAUGCGUAGCACUAGAAUAGGAGGGUAUAACAUGUGUAGCACUAGAAUUGGAGGGUAUAACAUGUGUAGCACUAGAAUAGCAGGGUAUAACAUGUGUAGCACUAUAAUAAGAGGGCAUAAGACGUGUAACACUAAGAAUUCGCAUUGGUAGCGAAAACACAUUAUCCAUCUUGUUCUUUGUCUAAUUAUUAGUCUCUGAUGUAAAACGAACUUAUUUGUUUCGUAUCGAUCAAUUUGACUUAGCUGUACAAUUUUACCAUUAAUUUAUGGAUUGAGAACCAAAUGAAAACCAUGUGACUUGAACAAAGGUAUGACACCAUAUGCAGAGCACGGAGCGCUGCGACACGGUCGGCAAUUAAGUUUUCAAAAAGAAACCACGAAUGUAAAAUUUUAAUUAUAAAUAAAAUAUUUAUGUUGAUUAAAUUACUUAAAGAAAGUGAGUUGCAAUAUAUCUAUCGAUAAAUUAUCCCAAUUUAAAAUGAAAAUGGUUAAUAAAGUCAUAAUAAAUUUAUUAUGAAGACUGUACAAGUAUUUAUUGAAUUUUUAAUAAUUUUUUUUUUUUAAUUGAUUUGCAAACAGAAUAAGCUACCUGACCAUAGUGCCAAAGAAACGAAGCGAUUCUAGUAUGUUCGGAAUCUGUGAUAGUGAUGUUCUAUUAUUUUACGGGAAUCGCAUAAAUUUAAAUGUGCAAAAAAAAAAAAAAUGAAAAAAAAAAUAAAAUGAAAUAUCACAACUUUAAUUUAAGUAAAUAUUUAAGUAUUAUUAUUACAAAUUACAAAUAAAUUAAACAUAAAAAUAAAGAAAAAUUUGAAAGCAUUUACAGGGAAUCGCAUAAAUUUAAAUGUGCAAAAAAAAAAAAAAAUGGAAAAAAAAAUGAAAUGAAAUAUCACAACUUUCAUUUGAGUAAAUAUUUAAGUAUUAUUAUUACAAAUUACAAAUAAAUUAAACAUAACAAUAAAGGAACAUUUGAAAGCAUUUACCCUUGUUCGAAAGUUAUGCGAAAUAUUUAAAACGGUAAACAGAGUUUUGUUGUAAAGUUAAGAUUACGUUUUCACAAUUUUUAGAGGGGAAAAAAAAUGUAGAUUAGGGGCAUGAAUGUUGCUAGCGUAGGCGUAGGCCCAACAUUUAACAAUUUAAAAACACAUGACAUCUAAUUUAUUUCUCUAGCGUAGAAAUCAGCCAUCAACGAACUCCUUUAGUGACAAUAAUGAUUUAAUUAGUGAUCAUUUAGACUUGGUGAUUUAAUGUCAUGUCUAUGGACAACAAAUUGUAGAUGAUGGGACAGGAAAAGGGUUGUCUGGUUUAAUGUAUAAUAUAUAGUAGAAAAGUACUCAAAAUUGUAAUUGGUAUUCGAAAAAGUAAGUGAAAAUGUUCGCACAGUGCAUGCCAUUGUUACACCGAUAACUUCGGAUCAUAUUUUCUAGUUUACAAAUAAAGGUAUAAGUAAAUUGAAAUUGAAGUCAUUUACACCUAUAAACCCUACUAUUUUUGCAUUAAUCCAAACUACCUAGACUUUGCAUUCAUCUAAACAACUACCUAGACUGUGUAUUUAUCCACACCAUUACCCAGACUAUGUAUUUAUCUACACAAUUACAUAGCCUAUGCAUUUAUCUACACAAUUACAUAGCCUAAUCAUUUAUCUACACAAUUACAUAGCCUAUGCAUAAUUUAUCUACACAAUUACUUAGACUGUACAUUUUACCACUCAAUAACCUAAACUGUACAUUUAUCCACACAAUUACCUAGACUAAGCAUUUAUCCACACAAUUGCUGAGACUAUCCAUUUAUCCACACAAUUACUCAGACUGUGGCAUCCGAAUCUGUUCGUGAAAAAUUCAGUCAGCAAAUAUGACGUCACGGCCCAAGAUGGCGGUUAUCGUCUGCUACUCUCAGACACCGGUCACGUCACGUUGAAGAUCGGUAUCUUCCUGAAAACUUUGUGCGACCUUGACUUCACUUACUUCCCCUUCGACCUGCAGGUAAGAGCAAACCGGAAAUGAAUCAAAACCCUUGAUUCUGAUAUGACAUGGCGAUCAGAGGCAUCAUGCCAUAUUAUGGCCGCCAUCACCCCCCCCCCCUCCACACACUCUCUCUUUUUCCACUGAACUAAUUGAACGAAUUUGUUUCAGACGUGUGACAUUGACUUUGUUUCCGGGAAAGAUGACUGCAAGGUGCAGCUGAACACCAUCAACACCAGGUACCCGCCGGAACCUGUCGUCGUGAAAGGAGAAUGGACCAUAGUGGACAGGAAUUUAGAGUCAGGAGGUCUUGAUAACUUAGGUGACAUUGUCUAUUAUGCAAGGUUCGUCACUGUAAGCAGUUUGAUAACGUUUGAAUACGAUUGUUUGGUGACCUGUAUUUCUUUUUGAUUUCAUACACAAUUCACGAAAAGACGCCAUGUUAAUUUAUUUUUAGCUUCGUUUAUGACUCUAAUCUCCAAACCCCUGCUUCACAGUUGGGCUCAAAAGAAACCUUAAAAAAAAUUGUAUGUCCAUGUCUUUUUCAAUUUCCCACCCAAGGGCGAAGGUGAGGCUGAAAAGGAACAGUCUUUUCUACGUCACCUUCAUCAUCGUCCCCAUGGCUGCGUCGUCUCUGAUGACGUCAUUGGUGUUUCGUGUUCCGCCGGCGUGUGGGCAGAAGGUGUCUUUCCUUGUGACCAUCUUUGUGUCCAAUGCUGUGUUUUUAGGCUUCAUCGCGUGAGUACACAAAAGUACACAUUACUUUUAGCAUGGGGGAGGAGGUGAUGUGGGAGUGGGAUGCUAGGGCUGGUGAGAAGAAUGUACAGGGGUGAUGGGACUGGUGAGAAGAAUGUACAGUGGGGGUGGGACUGGUGAGGGGAAGUAGGGUGAUGGGGCUGGUGAGAAGAAUGUACAGUGGGGUGAUGGAACUGGUGAGAAGAAUUGUUGGAGUAGGGGGAUGUGGCUGGUGAGACGAAUUGUUGGAGUAGGGGGAUGUGACUGGUGAGAAGAAUUGUUGGAGUAGGGGGAUGUGGCUGGUGAGAAGAAGAGUGAAAGUGGGUUGAUGGGGCUGGUCUUGGGAAGUGUUGUUCAUGUAAACUCAUCGAAAUGUGAAAUUGGGGUCAAUAUCCACUUCAAGUAAUUUUAGUUUUACUGUUUUAAUAAAUAUGUGGUCAUGUAAAUAUGGGGUCAUGUAAAUAUGUGGUCAUGUAAAUAUGGGGUCAUGUAAAUAUGGGGUCAUGUAAAUAUGGGGUCAUGUAAAUAUGGGGUCAUGUAAAUAUGGCGUCAUGUAAAUAUGGGGUCAUGUUAAUAUGUGGUCAUGUAAAUAUGUGGUCAUGUAAAUAUGUGGUCAUGUAAAUAUGGGGUCAUGUAAAUAUGGGGGUCAUGUAAAUAUGGGGUCAUGUAAAUAUGGGGUCAUGUAAAUAUGUGGUCAUGUAAAUAUGGGGUCAUGUAAAUAUGGGGUCAUGUAAAUAUGGGGUCAUGUAAAUAUGGGGUCAUGUAAAUAUGGGGUCAUGUAAAUAUGGGGUCAUGUAAAUAUGUGGUCAUGUAAAUAUGGGGUCAUGUAAAUAUGAUUAGCAACCCAUGUUGGUCUUAACCAAUUGUUGUAAUCUCGGCUGGUAAUACAUUUGUUUUAAAUGUAACAACUUUUUAAUUUGUGUUAAGUCAGCUGGCAACCUGCAGAUUAAAGAACAGCAACUGUCUUACUUUGUCAAAAUAACCCUAUGAAUGUAUUGGUCACCAUCUGAAAUUGAAAUAUAAAUACCUAUUUUUAUGAUUCGUACACAUUUAUACAGGCUGUGUUAUCUAUCAUUUGACUAACUUUACUUCAAACAGAACACUACAGACUCAGGCAGUCUUAAAAGUUAUCAACCAUGUAUUAUAUUGUUCUAUCAUUGCCAGGGCGACAGUCCCGCGGAGUGUGAGCGUCAUGCCCAGAGUGAUGCUCUUUCAGAUCUUUGUCCUGCUGCAGAGUUUCCUCGCGCUUGUGGCGUCGCUGUUCGUCAUACGACGUCACGAACAGGAAGUUCUCUCGGCCAGUCACAACAAGAACAGCGGCGGUCGUAAAGCGAGGGAAAAACUUGCAGCGGACAUCUUCACAAGCGGGAACAGGAUCUUCCCGGACAACGCAGUGGCUUCGAAACGCAAUGAUGCGCGGGAACCGGUGGAGGGCAGCAAUCAAAAGUCUGGCUCUGAAAAUUUUAAAAUUGAGUUGAUUGUGAAGGAAAAGGAGAACACAAUUCAGGAGAAACCAAAGUUUGACCAGAAGAUCCGCCCCGAAAUUCGGCCGAUGAAAUGUUUACGUCACGUGUCGGCCGAACGUUUGGAUUUGAUUUUCUUCUGGUUGUUUAACGUUGUUUCUUUACCGUUUUACAUCGAACUGUUACUGCAACUGAACUAAGUGUCUGAGGCAACAAAUGGACAGAUGUCUUUGACGACAUUUGGGAAAAUUUCUUGGAUAACAUCUGGACAAAGCCCUUGAUAACAUCCGGGAAAAUUUCUUGGACAAAAUCUUGGACCUCGUCUUAGACAAAAUCCUUGACAUUGUCUUGGACAAAUUCUGGGAUAAUUUAUUGGACAAAAUCUGGGACAAUGUCUUUGAUGAUAUCUGAGAUCAUGUCUUGCACAAGGUCUUGGAUAAUGUCUUUGAUGAUAUCUGAGAUAAUGUCUUGCACAAGGUCUGGGAUAAUGUCUUUGAUGAUAUCUGAGAUAAUGUCUUGGACAAGGUCUGGGAUAAUGUCUUUGAUGAUAUCUGAGAUAAUGUCUUGCACAAAGUCUGGGAUAAUGUCUUUGAUGAUAUCUGAGAUAAUGUCUUGCACAAGGUCUGGGAUAAUGUCUUUGAUGAUAUCUGAGAUGUCUUGGAAAAAAUUUGGCAUGAGGCGGACGGACCCUGGACGGACCCUGGACUAUCAGUGCACACUGGAACUGCAAGAUUUGUCUUUGUCUAUAGACAGCGAUGAUGAAAAUAAAAAAAUAAAAAACUUACUUAACAAAAACAAAUUUGACGACGUAACACGUGCUUUAAAAUCCU